AUGUCUCUUCCUUAUCUCAAGUCGUUGAAAAAGCCCGAGUUGGCCGAGUUGGCCGAUCAAACCGAUCUACCUCAUUACGAUGACUAUAACAAGAAUGAUCUCGUCGUAGUCUUGGAUAGACAUCUGCGCGAGAACCGCUCUAUCUUCUCCGGACUCAAGAGCCUCUCUGAAUACUACUUACGUCUGGCCUCUCCACCCCGCAGAGGAUCGCCCGUGAAGCGCGAAACCGCGCGAACUCCGGCGCGAACUCCAGCACGUCGCUCUGCGAAGAAGGAAGUGAAGGAAGAGGAAGUCACCGAGGAUAUCGAAGCAUCUGUGCCCAGCCCCAUGGUAGUCAGCCCGACUCCCGCUGCGGCGCGCACGAGCGCACGUCAGUCUGCGCGCCAGACACCCCGCCAAUCACCUCGCCAAGCCGUUAUCUCUCCUAUCGUGGAUCCCGAGCCAUCACUGCCAGCGUCUCCAGCUGCCAUCACCGAAGCCAUCGACGCGCAGACGCUCAAGCUGCGCGAGACCAUUGAGGAUGCGUGGACUGCGUCGGGCUUUGUGGACCGUGCGCACUCUCUACGCGCAGCUUUGAGCAGUGUGAAGGCCGUCGAGAUCCUUGUGCUGCUCCUUGAGGGUGGUAGUCUGGCUAAAGAGUUGAUCCCGAUACGAUAUCUUACUACUACACCACCCGUGCAAGCGGCGCACAUCCCAGCGAUUCCCAUCCGUGUUCCUGAUCUGUUUGCGUUGCUAGAAGGGGCGUUCUGGGCGCCGUUUUCGUUGUGGUUCAUGACUUGUCUGCUUUUACCUUUAAUUUCGGCUUACUUUAUCAACUUGAGCUGGAAGGCUUCCAGCAGUGCGCGUCGGACCCGGUCUGCGCCUAAUCUUGCUCAAUUUGAUCCGUUGACUUUCAAUAUCGUCAAGGCGUUGCUGGUGCACCUUGUGUUUGGGAAGGGGUUCAACUUCUUUGGUUUCUAUAGCGGGUAUGCUCUUGAAAAGGUUAUUGACUCUGUCCCUGGUGGAGACCUCGGUCUCUUGACUGGAACUGCUAUUGGCGGCGUUGGUGCUCUGUACGAGGCUAUUCUGCACCAUUAG